AGGCAAGUGUCAGGGUGCAGGCCAGACCCAGUCUCAACACUCAGUCCAUAAGGAUUUCGGCAGGAUGGACAACAUUUACCACCAGGACAGUGUCCGGCCGACCAUCAUGGAGCUGGACCCGAUGACGCAGUUCAUCCGCAGCAUCUACAACAUCGGUCUGAUCCUCGUCGGAGUUACGGUGGCCACAUGGCUGCUGCUCCUGCUGACCAAUGUUCACCUGCACGAGUACCUUCCGUUUCCCGCCUACGUCCUGGCCAUUAUCUGCUUCCUGGUAAUGAUAUGCAUGCACUGCAUCCCGAGUAUAUCCUACUGCUGCACCUGCAAGUGGUUCAUGGUGGCUGUAGUGGUUGUCUGCACCACUUUGUUCGGUUGCUAUCUUAUCGACAAGUUGAGCACACUCGUCGUCAGCUUCGUGAUGAUCGGCGUGGCCCUGAUCAUCGUGAUUCUUAACUUUUCGGGGGCUAUGUGCCCACAGGAGUUCCUGCCCGGCGGUGUCUGUUCCACGCUGCUAAUGAUGAUCCUGCUGUUGGCGAUGGUCAUAGUGGGUAUCAUUCAACUCUGCACCGGGAAGGUGGAGCUGCUCGAUGCCUUCGUCAGCAUUUUGUUCGUGAUGGUGAUCAUAGCGAUCCCCAUCCAGGCGCAGUUCAACCACGGUCGCCUGAACAUCGUGGAGGUGGUUCCCGAGGAGCACCUCAUGGUCUGCACCCUGACCUUGUACCUGCACUCCAUGAUGUUCUUCUGCUGCGUAUGCUACUUCAUCCUGGUCGAGGAGAGGAAGGAGGCCAUCCGGCGAACAACGGAGGGGCCGGCAAUUUCACUCGAAAACGAUUUCGAUUGAGCGAAAUCGCCGUCAUCAUGUGAUCGAAGCUGCUUAGCGAUCUGCCGACUGUGUC